UCCGGGCCCCACCGGGGACCCCCGGACCCGCCGGGCCGGGCGGGGGCAGGGCCGGGCCGGGGGCCCCGACACGCUCCGGGCCCCGGGAAGGGCCGGGCCGGGGGCUCCGGGCCGCCGCAGGUUCCCGGACGGCGGAGCCGGGAGCGCCUCAGGUGGAAGAUGGGAGUGUUCCCCUCAUGUUUUAGGUGAAACUUGCUUGCCAUGAAAUCCCGAGGGAGAUAGAGGGACUGCAGUGGGAAUUCCUUCUCACUCCUCCACGACAAAUCCAACAACUGCCUAAUGGGAUGUCCUCUCUGCCUGGCGUCAUGGGGAGCUGCUGCAGCUGUCUGUGCACAGACAGCAUCCCAGACAACCACCCCACCAAAUUCAAGGUGACCAACGUGGACGACGAGGGGCAGGAGCUGGGCUCGGGGGUGCUGGAGCUGGCGCCGGGGGAGCUGGUGCUGCACUCGCACAAGCGCGACGCCGUGCGGUGGCCCUACCUGUGCCUGCGGCGCUACGGCUUCGACGCCAACCUCUUCUCCUUCGAGAGCGGCCGCCGCUGCCGCACCGGCCAGGGGAUUUUUGCCUUCAAGUGCUCCCGAGCAGAGGAGAUCUUCAACCUGCUGCAGGAGCUGAUGCAGUGCAACAGCAUCAACGUGGUGGAGGAGCCCAUGGUGAUCACCAGGAGCGGCCACCCCUCGGAGCGGGAGCUGCCCCGCGGCCCCCAGGGCCCCACCAGUCUGGGCUACACUGGACUUCCCAAUGGAUUUCACAGCUUCCCUGGAGAAUCCCUGUCCUACUCUGCAGGGCAGCACCCCUCAGUGAGCAGCCUGAGACAUUCCUCUGUGGGGGAAGACUCUACCCACCCCCUCCUGGGGCCUGAGGAGCAGUCCCACACCUACGUCAACACCGGGGAGCCGGAGCCGAGGGGCCGGCACUGUAUGCACUCCUUGCCUGAAGCCCACCCUCCUUUCCCCCCUAGGAACCACAGCUGCUCCCUGGAAGACCGCAACCCCCAGGUCUUCCUGCAGCCAGGGGAGGUGAAAUUCGUGCUGGCUCCCAGCUCCGGCUCCCGCCGGCUGUGCCGGCAAUGCCGGCCGCACCUCUGCCCUCCCAACAACAACAACAACGAGUGCCAGGAGGGCUGCCCGUCCCCACAGUGCGUCUAUGAGAACCUCAAUGGCCUGGUGGCCCCCAGCACCUCAUCCCUAGGCCGGCCUGGCCUCUCCAAAGCAUCCCGGGAGGACGGGAGCUGCUCCCAGCGCCGCUCGGCGCUGCUGCACUACGAGAACCUGCCGGCGCUGCCGCCGCUGUGGGAGCAGCAGCCAGCCCGGUAUGGGGAUGAGGACACUGGCAUGGCACCCACGCCGUCCCCAAAUGGCUUCUCCGAGGCGGGCGAGGAGGAGCCCCUGCAGAGCUCCGCGGCCUCGCAGCCGCGCCGCGCUCUCCUGCCCAGGCCCCGGCGCGGCCGCCUGCCCAACGUCUUCAGCUUCGACUUCCCCCGGCCCUGCCCGGAGCCUCCUCGGCAGCUCAACUACAUCCAGGUGGAGCUGGAGCCCGAGCCCUGCCAGGGACAGCAGGAGCCACGGGCGGCAGCGCCCGCCAGCCCCGGCGCCCGCCGCACCGACUCGUACGCCGUCAUCGACCUCAAGAAGACGGCGGCCAUGUCCAGCCUGCAGCGGGCCCUGCCCAGGGACGACGGCACCUCGAGGAAAACGCGGCACAACAGCACCGACCUGCCCCUGUGAGGGCCCCAAGUGCCAGCCCCGUGGCGUGGCUUCGGUCCCUGCCCCUCGCUGUGUCCUGCCCCGUGGGGCUCCCACUCGCCAUCACCUUCGUGGCUCCUGCAGCUGCUGCUGUCGAGGCUCGUCUGUCCGUCUGUCCGUCCUCCCCUCUCCGUGUUGCUCGUUUUCCGAGCCUUGUGGGAUGUUUGGUGACUCUUGAGGGUUGGAUUCCGGGUUGGAGGUGGCACAGCCUGGGGUGGGGCAGGGCAGAGCUCUGUGCAGAUGGAGCCCGUUCCCUGUGGGUUUCUCAUCUCCACUGUGGUGAGGCAGAGUCUGCUCUGCUCCCAAAACUGGAGCUCUGUGCAGAUAGAGCCCAUUCCCCAUGGGUUUCCCAUCUCCAGGGGAGCUCUGUGGUGAGGCAGAGUGUGUUCUCCUCCCAAAACUGGAGCUCUGUGCAGAUGGAGCCCGUUCCCCGUGGGUUUCCCAUCUCCACUGUGGUGAGGCAGAGUCUGUUCUGCUCCCAAAACUGGAGCUUUGUGCAGAUGGAGCCCGUUCCCUGUGGAUUUCCCAUCUCCAGGAGAGCUCUGUGGUGGGGCAGAGUCUGUUCUGCUCCCAAAACUGGAGCUCUGUGCAGAUGGAGCCCAUUCCCUGUGGGUUUCCCAUCUCCACUGUGAUGAGGCAGAGUGCUCCCAAAAUUGGAGCUCUGUGCAGAUGGAGACCAUUCCCGUGGAUUUCCCAUCUCCAGGAGAGCUCUGUGGUGAGGCAGAUUCCUCCCAAAAUUUGAGCUCUGUGCAGAUGGAGCCUGUUCCCCGUGGGUUUCCCAUCUCCAGGAGAGCUCUGUGGUGAGGCAGAGUCCUCCCAAAAUUGGAGUUCUGUGCGGAUGGAGCCCGUUCCCUGUGGGUUUCCCAUCUCCACUGUGGUGAGGCAGAGUCUGUUCUGCUCCCAAAACUGGAGCUCUGUGCAGAUGGAACCCAUUCCUCGUGGAUUUCCCAUCUCCAGGAGAGCUCUGUGGUGAGGCAGAGUGCUCCCAAAAUUGGAGCUCUGUGCAGAUGGAGCCCGUUCCCUGUGGGUUUCCCAUCUCCACUGUGGUGAGGCCACUCCAGAGCUGGGGUUUGCCUUUGUGGUUCCAGUGGUGCCUGGACAUGAGGGAGCUCACGCCGUGGCCUUUCCCCCCUCAGCUCGCUGUUUGUUCCUGAAGCUUUUUAUCCUUCUGUCCCUGUCUCAGAUCCCAUUUCAAUUGGGCAGCUGCAAUGAAAGGAGGAGGACACAGAGCCAUGGGCACACACUGUGAUCACAGAAACCUGAUUGCCUAAAUCCUUAAAUUCCCUCCCCUGCUUUAGCAGAGGAGGGAAAGGCCACAACCAUGAGGGAGAUUGGAAGUUUGGUCUAGAAAACUUCACUUGUGCCAUACCCUGCUUUGUUUUUUUUUUUAAUGAGGGUUCUAUGAGAAGUGCUGUGGGUUUAUUUAUUUGUUUACUUAUUUAUUUAUGAGCUGCUCCUUUGCAUCCCAGUUGGUUGCCAAACUGGUGCCGGUCGCUCCUGCUGAGGGGACAGGCCCCAAAAGAGCUCAGUGGCUUUGCUGAGCCACCAACUGGGGGAAAAACACUGUGGGGAAGAGCAGCUGGGAAUGGAAAUGGAUGAACUGGGGGCUGACUGUCACGGGGUGGGUGGGAAAUGGAAUGGGAGAUGUGGGAGUGGGAGCGGAGCUGCCGGGCAGCCCA